UUAUUUUUACGUGGAGCUUGCAGUUGCUCAUCGAAUCGAAAUCGGGAAACAUAAACCGGAUUGGAAUCAUCCUGAAAAGAGAAUUUUAAUUAAAUUUAAUAUCAGUGGUAAUUAGUGAACAUUCGUAAUAUGACUGUUAACAAAUAUUCCAUCUUGCUUCCUACGUACAAUGAACGAGAGAAUUUACCCAUCAUUAUCUGGUUGAUCGUAAAGUACAUGAAACAAGCGAACAUUGACUACGAAGUAAUUGUAAUCGAUGAUGGUAGUCCUGAUGGUACUCUGGACGUUGCCAAGGAACUGCAGAAAAUUUACGGGGAAGAUAGAAUUCUAUUGCGACCGCGAGCAUCAAAGCUGGGCCUCGGGACUGCAUACAUUCACGGAAUAGAGCAUGCGAAUGGAAAUUUCAUCAUCAUUAUGGACGCCGAUUUGAGCCAUCACCCAAAAUUCAUUCCACAAUUUAUCAAACUGCAACAAUCGGCGGAAUAUGACAUCGUAUCUGGUACUCGUUAUAAGGGCGACGGCGGUGUCUACGGCUGGGAUUUCAAGCGGAAGCUCAUCUCGCGGGGCGCUAACUUCCUGUCCCAGUUGUUGCUCCGGCCAAACGCGUCGGACCUGACCGGAUCCUUCCGGUUGUACAAGAAGGAAGUGUUAAAAGAGCUCAUCUCCCGGUGUAAAUCCAAGGGAUACGUCUUCCAGAUGGAGAUGAUUGUCCGGGCUCGUCAGCUAAGCUACACUGUCGGUGAGGUGCCGAUUUCUUUCGUGGAUCGCGUGUAUGGACAGUCGAAACUAGGUGGCUCGGAGAUUGUUCAGUUCGCUAAGAAUCUGCUAUAUCUGUUUGCUACUACUUAAUAUUUCAAUUUAGGUAGUAAAUGUGUUUCCGGACGUAAAAUCGUUUUUCAAUUUUCUAAAUAAAGUAAAUUUUUAUUUUA